UUGACCAGAACUCUGUCUCUUGCGUCUCUCUUACUCUCAGCCUGACCGCCUCUCUGCCUCUCGCCUCUCGCUACCACCGGAGUACCGGCUACUGUCCCUCUCGGUCUCUCGUCUCCUCUCAGGACUCAGGAGUCCUCGAUCAUCUGUGGCUCUAUCGCUCUAUCCCUGUCUGUGCCGAACGGUCGCACCUCGCCACUCGCCAUUCCUCUGUGCCAUAAUUUCGCCAGUCAGCAGCCCAGCAGGAGUCCUCACUGUCUCACAAUCCCAGCCUCUCAGCAUGGAGGAGAUGUAAAUGCUGCAGAUCAUACAGGGCAAACAACAUUAGCGCAGUUCGGAGUGCAGUUCGGGGUGCAGUUCCGGUUGCAAGCUUUUACUCCAAGAGGGUGCUCGGGUAAAUGUGGUUGAUAUAUAUGGUUAUCAGAGAUUGGAACUUGUAAGCCAUUGCACAAUAGCUUCAUGUGGUCCUCAAGAAGAAUAUAGAGUAAAAUUUGAAGAAUGCAAUCGAAGAUUAACGCCUUUUCCAGACCCUGCACUUCCAAGACCGCUGACGCUUCUUCCAUCUCCGGUGAUUUGUUCCACCGGGAAGGCACAAAAAAGAAAUACCCAGAUAUUACCGUUACGUAUGAGCGUAGAAAUUCCCAACUGUAUAGUGAUAGCAAGGAUGGAUCAAAUGGUGAAGCACCCAAGAAAAUUGAUUCUAGGAGCUCAAUUGUGAAAUUUGGUUUGCCCACAUCUGGAAAAGUUCUGAAUAAGAAGAGAAAUUAUGCCCAAUUGCAUUUGGAAUUUGGUCAGUCUGAUUUUUUCUUGCACACUUGCAAUGUAUGCAACUUCCAGUAUGCUACUGGUCAAGAAGGGGAUGAGAAGGUUCACCAGGCAUUUCACAAGAAUUACACUGUUGGAAUCCCAUUUAAGUGCUGGAAGAAUGAAAGAAUUAUUCCAAUUCCUUCAUUUGAAGCAGGACGCAUUAUCUUGGUCUUAAAUGAUGACCCUCCUCCUUGGAGAAACAAGGUUCAGGAAGUCGUAAAGAUGAUGGAGGUGGAACUUGGUGAAGGGUGGAUAUAUAAUCAGCAAUGCAAGGUGUAUUUGUUUAUCUCUUCUCGAAGAAUUGGUGGAUGCCUGGUAGCAGAACCUAUAAAGGAGGCGUAUAGAAUUGUCUCUAGUUCGCAAGGCAACAAGUCUAGUGUUGCGGCUGAAAGGGAAGUAAGUCAGAGAUCUACGGUUCUGCAGUUUGGAGGAGUCAGUUUUCAACGGGAAAAAGUAAGAAGAGAUCCCCCAAAAGAAAGACUCGAUGGUUUAGAUGAUGGCCUAAAUGGAGUGAUCUUGUGUGAGAAGGAAGCUGUACCUGCUUUGUGUGGCAUUAGAGCCAUUUGGGUCACUCCUUCCAAUAGAAGAAAACACAUUGCUAGUUAUUUGCUUGAUGCUGCAAGGAAAAGUUUUUGCAAUGGUCAAGUUCUCUUGCGUUCGGAGCUCGCAUUUUCUCAGCCAACUUCAGUUGGAAAGGUAUUCAUAUCCAGCUAUACUAGCAGUUCAUCCUUCUUCAUAUACACCUCCAGUGGCUCUAAGUAGUCUCCAUCUUCUUUCAGCAACUUCUUUAGGUACUGCUUAAUCCAUCUUUCAUGUGGUUCUUAUAUUUGAAUUGGAUAAAUUAUACUUUGAUGAGUAGCCAGCUGUAGGCUUCACUUCACAGGACACGAUAUUUGUCUUGUUUGACAAUUAACGAUUAGUGAAUAACGGAUUAUAUUAAUAGUUUUGACUAGUGAAUUCUCUUAGUAAUUUAAUUGUAAGAAGAUCUUAUACUGUUCCUCCAUAACAUAUUAACACAACUACACUACUCAAGUAAAAGUUGUGGUCAAUGUAUAGAUAUAGCAAAUUAUUAAUUAUAUAUUCUUGGAGUAUUGAAUCA